AUGCUGUCAGCCUAUGUGAAGCUGGCAGUGCGCUCGCCCCCCGACGAUGUGCUGCACGGCAAGCUCAUGGCCAUCUUCACUCGGUGCGGUGUGACUGCAGAGGUGCAGUGCGGUGCAGAGGUGCAGUGUGACUGCAGAGAGGUGCAGUGUAACUGCAGAGGUGCAGUGUGGUGCAAGGGCGGCCCUGCCAUGGCCGACAUCGUUGCUCACAUGACCAAGUUCCCCCAACGCAUGGUGGGGGAAGGUGGGGGGAGGGGCGGCCCUGCCAUGGCUCACAUGCCCUGCCAUGGCUCACAUGCCCUGCCAUGGCUCACAUGCCCUGCCAUGGCUCACAUGCCCUGCCAUGGCUCACAUGCCCUGCCAUGGCUCUCUCUUCCCUCCCUGCUCUCUCUUCCCUCCCUGCUCUCUCUUCCCUCCCUGCUCUCUCUUCCCUCCCUGCUCUCUCUUCCCUCCCUGUUCUCUUCCGUGGUGCAGCUCAUGAGGCAUGAAGCAACCAAGCAGACAAGUUAG